AGAUCCAGACACCCAGUCAUUCGGUCACGACGCGCGAUCACGGCAUGUCGUCGGUACGCCGCGUGCACGAGACAGCCGCAGUGGGUAGUCGCGUUCGUAGUUUUUCGGUUAUCGCGUUUGUAUAAUGUCUGUAAUAACAAGCGAUUAUAAAAUAUAUUAAUGUGGUGCUGGUUUUGUCGUAAAAAGAUAGAUUAAUUAUUACAAUAUUUGAUUCGCAUAUCACUGUAAAUUUCAGUGUCACGCUCCACAGACGGUCGUCGGCUGCAGUUUCGCGGUCGUAAAGAUGUAUUUCAUUUUAACCGCCAAAAGUCUGUUGUGGGUCACGUUGAGCAUAGUGUCCACUAUUACUCUAUUUACGGCCAUUUACUCGCCGAAAUGGCUCAUCGGACCUACUGAUUACAACUGUCUAUCGAGCAAAUCGCUGUCUACUGAAACGAACAGCACCGUAGACUCGCCGUACUACGAAGUGCGUUGCCGUCCGUCCGUGGGCAUUUACUACAGGUGUAAGAAAAUCAACGGUAACCAGCACUGUGGUUCAUUCGCUGUCGAAGGACUGGCUACGGAUUCAACGAUGUUCCCGCUCGUAUGGAAAAUUGGCCUAGUGUUGAUGUCCGCUGGCGUUUUCGUCAGCUUUUUAAUGUCCGCCUUAGCCGUGAUCAGUUUUUGCAAACAAUCUAUAAGCAAGAAAAGCGUGUUCGGGAUAGCUGGUUCCGGGCAAGGACUUGCCGUUUUACUCUAUCUGAUCGGUGUAAUUUGUUUUGCCGCUGGCUGGGGUUCAGAACGCGUGGUGAUGCUGUGCGGUACUCAAUCCGUGCCUUUUGUUUCUGCGGAUUGCACGAACGGAUCAGGUUUGUAUACUGCAGCUUUUGGUAUUUUUCUCACUUUCGCCACUGCCAUGUUGUCGGGGCCAGCAGACCGAGCAACGUCUAGCGACAAAGUAGCACUUCAACUCGAACAAGGAGAAAAUAUUGUCUUUUUAUUGUAAUAUUAUUUUAUAAAUGUUUAUUUUCUACUUUGUGCGUAUGUACAUAAUAAUUGAAAUAUAAUUG